GUUUUUUAUUUGGUCUCCAGUUCCUAACCCGUUUGAGAAAAGAACACCUGUGAUUGUUCGACGCAAGUCCCCAGAGAAAUCGAAUAUGCCGUGUUACUCUUGUUGGCCGCACAGCCAGAGCAUAUUCAGUACAUCUACAAUGAAAACGUCGAAUCCACAACGGUUCUUGAAGGUUGAAAUUUAUCGGCCCCGGCAGCAUGCAGUCGUGGCUCGUGCUGCAAACAUCUCCGUCGGGAAAAGUGAAUCUGCAGUGCCAAUUGGGAAGCUGUACACUUAUUCAUCAUCGCCGAAGCCACUGAUUGAUGCAAUUUCACGCUUCAAGAUUAAUGUUAGACCAUCCCCUGAAUUUGGCCUUGUUUCUCUCCUAUUUGUCCUCUCAAUGGCUUUAGGAGCAAUUUUGAGCUUGGUCAUAAUUGCUAUUCCUGCUAUGUUUAAUCUCAGAAGAUUGGCAGCUUCAAUGGACAAACUAUCUGCUUUGGUUUCAAAAGAGGUGCCUGGAACCUUGUUAUCCCUCAAACUGUCUAGCCUUGAGAUCAAAGAUUUGACACAACAGCUUAGCAUUCUCAAGCAAAGGAUGUCCGGGAGUCUUCGUGCAAAGAAAGAUAAGAAGCAAUAAAUUCUGCUGUCUAUGUUCCAUUAUAAUUCCUCAACAAGAAACACAAAUUAUAUAUUAGUCUUAUAUGUAUUGUGUUCACAAUUGCAUGUAGAAAUUCACAUGAUCUAUGUAGUCUGGUACAUAAUUGAUCAUUUGGUUGAUGUAACUUGUUUGUAUCCAGUUGUGUUUAUUUUUCUUUAGUAAGCACUAAGCAUUCUUGUUCA